AUGGACUACGACGCCAUCGCCGUGCCGGACGCGUGCUACGCCGACUUCUGCCUCAUCCCGAUUGGCACCGGCUCCGCCUCCGUCGCCGAGGAAGUCGCCGAGGUGCAGCGCGUCCUGGGCGCCAGCGGGCUCAAGUACACGCUGCACUCGGCAGGCACCACUGUCGAAGGGCGCUGGGACGACGUCAUGGCCGCCAUUGGCAAGGCGCACGCCGUGCUGCAUCGCAGGGGCGUGGUGCGCGUGCAAUCCAGCGUGCGCGUCGGAUCGAGGACGGACAAGCGGCAGGCGGCCGAGGACAAGGUGAAGCGCGUGGAGGAUCUGCUGCAUCGGCCGGAGUGA